CCGUGCCGUGCGUAACGACGUGAUGACGUCGAAACACAGAAGUUGAGGAGAAGACCUGCGAGUUUCUUUUUCUUUUUCUCUUGACGUCUCCGCUCAUUUGUGCCACGUCUUUCUGGGUUCGGGACGGAGGAGGACGCAGCAGCGGGACACCGGGAUCUGCUGCAGCUGUGAUGGACCACAUGAAUCACAUGAACCACAGCACCAUGGAUAUGGACCACGCCCACCACCAUCACCACACUGAAGCCACCCCCACCAGCGGGGGACAUGACCACGGAGGAGGAGGAGGAGGAGGAGGGGGUGAUGGGGGCCACGGGGGCCACAUGGGGAUGGCGAUGACUUUCUACUUCGGUUACAACAACGUGGAGCUGCUGUUUACGGGGCUGCUCAUCAACUCACCUGGAGAGAUGGUGGGUGCGUGUGUGGGCGUGUUCCUGUUGGCCAUCCUGUAUGAGGGUUUGAAGAUUGGUCGUGAGACGUUGCUGCGUCGGAGUCAGGUCAAUGUUCGCUACAACUCCAUGCCGCUGCCGGGCAGCGAUGGGACGGUGCUGAUGGAGACGCACAAGACGGUUGGGCAGCGGCUGCUGAGCCCCGCCCACUUCCUGCAGACCCUGCUGCACAUCAUCCAGGUGGUGGUCAGCUACUUCCUCAUGCUCGUCUUCAUGACCUACAACGGCUAUCUCUGCAUCGCCGUGGCGGCCGGCGCCGGGAUGGGCUACUUCCUGUUCAGCUGGCGGAAGGCGGUGGUCGUGGACAUCACGGAGCACUGCCACUAACACGUGUUCACCUAACGCUAGCUCAUAGAAGACAUGAACGUUACUGCGUAACCAUGGUAACGGUAUCAUCAGUUAGAGAUUAACUUGCAGAGCAGCCAGCUCUGAUCUUGAACCUGUGGGGGGCGAGUCGGCCAAUCACAGCUCAGAUCAGCUGGGUGGUUCCCGACCGGCGGAUCACAUGACUGUUUGUUUGUUUUAGUGCCAUGACAAAGUUAACCUGUACACGUCUCACGUGUUUUUAAUUAGCCUCGUUAGCUGAUCCAGUCACAUGACUCAACUAAUUCUUCAGAAACGUCUUGAUUAGGGACUAAUCUAUCUUUUUAUCAGAUAAUUUGUAGCAGUAGAACCACGUCAUUUUACAUAGUUUACAUUUUUGUUUUUUGUGAAUGUAAUGAAGUUGUUCCAAGUAGAUUUUCACAGAAAAUAUUAAUGUCAUAAAUACGUCACAAUUCUGAUCAUUUUUUCUGUUUUGUGGUAAAACUGAGGCUCAGCUUUGUUCCAACACAACCCGAUUGACUUAAGUUUCCAUGUUGCCGCUGGCCUUAAUACCGUCGCCACCGGCCUCAACAACACCCAGCCUCAACGCCGCCACCCGCUGCCUUACGUACCGACCGCCAGUCCUGCUGACUGCGCACCAGCUGCUGUCGUCGUGGAGACGGAGUCUGUGUUGUAACCUAUCAAAGAUUGACUAUUAAAGUUCUUGUGAUUUUUUUUUUUUUUUUUUUUUUUUUUUUUUUUUUCUUUUUCUUGUUAUUUAAUGGAGUCACACUGAGGUGGGCGGAGAUUCAGAUUCUGGACCAAUGAGACUCAAGGAGAAUCACCAGCUAGGAGGUCAGGAGACAGAGGUCACAGUUGUGUGAACAACUGUGGGAGGCAUCUGCACCUCUGACAUGAACCAGGUUCUAUGUCUGAUUCGUUUCUAGACAAACCACGUUUCUGGUUCAGAUCUGGAGGAGGAAGUUUUGGAAAAAGCAGCUGGAAGCACUUUAUGAGCUGAAACACUAAAAACCACCAGCUGCACUUGAUAAAGACAUCAGAGACAAUCAAUCACAUUCUGUUCUUGACAGUCUGACUGGACUUACCGGGGCGUUCAAGGACCAGAAUGUGAACUUAACUAUCCUCCUAGAAAUGAUAGACAAGGCUGUCGGUGCCUCUCUAGGUCUGGUCUCGUGAUGUCUCAAUAGUUCUGGUCUCCUGGGGUCUCAAUAGUUCUGGUCUCCAUCCUGCAUCUCCGUAGUUGUGGCUGUGCAAGGUCGCAGCAGGUGCGUUCACCUCAGUGUGAGCCGACUUAUGUGAUCAUGGAUGUUUGAAACGUGAUGAAUGCUGGAAUCUGAAACAAGAAUAAAGUUUCAAUAGCAACUCUGAA